AUGGCCGAGGCGCCUCCGCCCGUCGAGACCGACCCCGACUUCCAGCCGCUGGCCCGGCCCCGCUCCUGCACUUGGCCGCUGCCCCGGCCGGAGCUGGCCCCGUCCAGCCCGGGCCAGACGCCCACCCCCACCCCGGCCAGGGCCGCCUCGCCGUCCCGCGGCGGGCGGGUCGCGGCCCUGUGCGCCGCCUCGCCCGGCGGGGACCUCCUCAGCUUGCUGGAGGGCGGAGGCGAGGGCUUCGAGGGCGGCGAGCUCGGGACCCCGGGCGGUUGCCCCUGCGGGGACUUCCCUUGCCUCCAGCACCCUCCGCAGCAGCCGCCGCCGCCGGCGUCGUCGUCGGGGGCCUUGGCCUCGUCGGGGGCCGGGCCCCGCAAGAGCACCUCGUCCCGCCGCAACGCCUGGGGGAACUUGUCCUACGCCGACCUCAUCACCAAGGCCAUCGAGAGCGCCCCGGACAAGCGGCUCACCCUCUCCCAGAUCUACGAGUGGAUGGUCAAGAACGUGCCUUACUUCAAGGACAAGGGGGACAGCAACAGCUCCGCCGGGUGGAAGAAUUCAAUCCGCCACAACCUCUCAUUGCACAGCAAGUUUAUCAGAGUGCAGAAUGAAGGAACAGGAAAAAGCUCGUGGUGGAUGCUCAACCCAGAAGGCGGCAAAAGUGGCAAGUCUCCCAGGAGAAGGGCGGCAUCCAUGGACAACAGCACCAAGUUUGCAAAAAGCAGGGGCCGAGCUGCAAAGAAAAAAGCAGCCCUCCAGGCAGGUCAGGAUGGAAAUGGGGAGAGUCCAGGCACGCAGUUUUCCAAAUGGCCGGCCAGCCCCAGCUCCCAUAGUAACGAUGACUUCGAUAAUAACUGGAGUACAUUUAGACCUAGAACCAGUUCUAACGCUAGUACAAUUAGCGGGAGACUUUCUCCAAUCCUGCCAGAACAAGAUGGCCUUGGAGAAGGAGACGUGCACUCCAUGGUCUACCCUCCGUCAGCAACCAAAAUGGCUUCAACUCUGCCCAGCCUUUCUGAGAUGAGCAGUUCAGAAACCAUGGAGAACCUCUUGGAUAACCUCAACCUUUUAUCCCCGAACACAUCCUUGGCUGGAUCAACCCAAUCCCCACCUGCUACCAUGAUGCAGCAACCACCAGGUUAUUCAUAUACUACGUCCAACACAAAUAUAGGUUCGCCAAAUGCAGACUACAGGAAAUACCGUUACAGUCAGACUAGCAUGAACACACUGUCCCAAAUGCCUAUGCAAACCAUUCAAGACAAUAAACAGAGCUAUGGAACCAUCAGCCAAUAUAGUUGCCCUGUAGGACUGCUGAAGGAAUUGCUAACUUCUGAUUCCCCUCCGCACAGUGAUAUCUUGACAUCUGUAGAUGCUCGUAUCUCCCAGUCUGGUGGCCGAGUGUUGGGACCAAAUGUGUUAAUGGCCACUAACUCAGCAAUGGCACCCUACGCCAGCCAACAGAAUCAUAACAAAAUCGUUGCCCCCAGCACCCACCCACACCAGGGACAUGUCCAGCCAACAUCAGUAGUCAACAGCCAUACCUUCUCUCUCACAGUUAGCACUGCGUCUCACGCGUCAGGUUUAAAUCGUUCGUCCCCAGCGAAAACCUCAGUACAAGUGCCUAUGAGCCACCCCAUGCAGAUGAGUAGCAUAAACCCUUACACCACUGUGAACAGCUGUAACGGCUAUGGAAGAGUGGGAAUUGUAUCUUUCCAUCAGGAGAAGCUCCCUAGUGACUUAGACGAUAUGCUGAUUGAGCGAUUGGACUGCGAUAUGGAGUCAAUCAUUCGUAAUGACCUCAUGGAUGGGGAAACAUUAGAUUUUAACUUUGACAAUGUGUUGCCUAACCAAGGCUUGUCGUAUGGCGUAAAGACGACGACACACAGCUGGGUGCCUGGAUAAGACUGGAAGACUACAAUUUGAAGUGCUUCAGAGAUCUCUGACUGCAGGAACUGAGCAAGAGAGUCCAAAGAUGUCCUUCAACCUCUGUAUAGUCUUUGUAAAUUUUCUCUUGUCAGAC